GAUUGCAGUGAGUCUUGCUCUGCUGACUACUUAAAGAAGCCCAGAGACUCUCGCUUACACUGCACCUCUCCUUCCUCUGGACACCACAUGGCCAGCACAAGAACACAAUAACAGAAAGGAGAGAGAGAGAGAGAGAGAGAGAGUUGGAUUGUGCAUGAUGAUGAUGUGGAGUUGUCACUUGUGAAAAAAAGACAAUAGAUAUGUUCAGAGGUCUGGUUUCUGUCGGAUAGGACAAUACAGCAGUUCAUGGAGUGACAGUCUUGGAGACAGAAGAGACAAACAGAGAAGAGGAGAGGAGAGGAGAGGAGAAGAGAACUCAGAGGAACUCUACACUUGUCCAACUCUUAUUUUCUAACUUUCAUCAGGUGCUCAUCACAUCCAAACAAAGGAGCGGAAAACAACAAACAAACAAACAAACAAGACAUCACAAACAACAGCAAACGGAUGGAAUGACAAACCAAGUCGUCUAUUGACGCAGCUGGAUACCAGCGGCAGAUUUUUUUGACGGGCCCGUGCUGUGAUCUCCCACUUUCCUUUCCUUGUUCUUCUUGUUUUGCUGUUGUUUUACGUCUCAUCUCGUCCAUGUGUCCAUCCAUCAGUCCACUAAUUUACUGACAGCUACGUGCUGUGAUCUGCAGAGUGCCUCUUACUGAGCUGCCCACUUUUUUGUGCUUUUGUUUUGCCCUUUUUUAUCUCUUGUUUACACUUCCGUCCGUCGUCCUGUCUGAUUCGUCCCAUCCGUCAGACAUGCGCUGCUGCCUCCCCCUGCCCUGCCUCUUCACCUGCCUCCUGCUGCUGGAUGCGGUUGCCGGGGCGACGGGUGCCGAGCAACAACAGCGGCGGCUGCAUCACCAGGUGCAGCAUGGGAAAUGUAGUUACACCUUCAUCCUGCCGCAGGAGGUGGGCGAGGAGGGGGCGUGUGGAGGGGCAGGAGGAGAGGGCGUUGGCGUCGAUAGCCCCUCAGGUGGGGCAACAGGUGGUGGGGCAACAGGUAAGCAGCAGGUGAGCAAUGCCCUGCAGAGGGACUCGCCCCCUUCUCCUGAUGCCCCCCACAGCCACAGCCAGAGCUCCCCCACCUGGCAGGAGAGCAAACUGCAGGCUCUGGAGAGCAUCAUGGACAACAACACACAGUGGCUGCACAAGUUGGAGAGCUACAUCCAGGAGAGCGUGUGUGUUGAGCUGCAGGAGCAGCAGAAGAAGACGCUACACACACACACGGCGGCCAUGCUGGACAUCAGCACCAACCUCCUCAGCCACUCCACGGAGCAGACACGCAAACUCAUGGACGUCGAGACACAGGUGUUGAAUCAUACUAGUCGUGUGGAGGUUCAGCUGUUGGAGGUGUCUGUCUCCACCAGUCGGCUGGAGAAGCUGCUACUGUUGCAGGCCAAUGAGCUGGCACGCCUCAAUGAGAGAAACAGGCUUCUGGAGCAGAGGCUGUCUGUGAUGGAGGCGGGCCAUGCAGAGGAGCUGAGAGCCGCACAUCAGGAGAAGAAACACCUGCAGACUCUCCUGGGGAUGUCUGGUUUGCCGCACGACGAGCCCAUGCUCUCCAGAGACUGUGCUGAGAUAUACAAGUCUGGAGUCACUCAGAGCGGAGUCUACACCAUACGCCUGCCCAACACCACUCACACACUCAAGGUGUGGUGCGAUAUGGAUACCAUGGGUGGAGGCUGGACGGUGUUGCAGAAGCGGCAUAACGGAUCAGUGGAUUUCCAUCGCACCUGGAGGGAGUACAAACAGGGUUUUGGGAGUGUGUUGGGUGAGCACUGGCUUGGGAACGCUGCCCUCCAUCGCAUCAGCUCGUCUCAGGACCAAAGCCUGCUGGUGCUACUCAGAGACGCCGACGGGCACGAGGCGCACGCACUCUACCAGCAUUUACACAUAGGAGACGAGGACAAGAACUACAGUCUCCAUUGGCGUGGCUUCAGUGGUACAGCGGGCAAGACGAGCAGCCUGACGCGCUCCGGGACCAUGUUCAGCACCCGGGAUAGAGACCAUGACCUGUGCAGCUGCAGAUGCGCUCAGAUGGCCACCGGAGGCUGGUGGUUUGAGGCGUGCGGCCCCUCCAACCUAAACGGCGUGUACUACGGAGGUGUAUCCAAUGGGGGCGGAUCAUACGGAGGGGGCGUGUCGAAGGUGGCCUACAACAGCAUCAAGUGGUACUACUGGAAGGGGCCCAGUCUCCGUGCUACCAUGACUACCAUGAUGCUCAGACCUGCUGACUUCUGAGCCAUACGAAUCAAUGAUGAUGUCAUCAACUGGAGACAGGAUCACCAUCAUGACUUCCAUAAUCCUAAUGUCAUCAAUAUGCGAUGCGAUUCUCAUUUCAAAUGUCAAGAGCAAGAAUGAACUGCAGAUACUUAAUUGGUCCUUACAGAAUCAUUUAGGGAUGGAUCACAGUCACAACUUCCUGCCUGUCGAUGUCAGCAGGGAUGUAACCAAGGAUGCGCUAACAGUUUGUACUUGAGAUGGACUUACCGUGAUGAUAGACUCUUCAUAGAAUCAAACUCUUCGAAACUUUUGAGUGGCCAAUAUGUGUUUUUUUUCCGGUAUCACCAUUACUAAUUAAACAUAAAAUUGGAAUAUUUUAUUCCCAUUCCGGUAUUUUUGUACUUAAGGAAAUGUGUUCAAUGUGAAAGUUGCAGAGCUUGGGCCUCAUUCUAAAGAGUCAGAGCGAGAGCUGCAGGCUUGUGUAGUGUUCGCGUGGAGAAUUUUAUUCACAUAUUUCUGUACCGAUGAUGAAGUGUGUCAAGGCAGAGACACAGCGGAGUCUAAGCACACAGACCCCAGCGCUGUGGGGUUUACUGUCGGUUCUCACCAGUGCAGCGCAGGCUGCUAUGAUCUCAUUGAAGCUUUGAGCUACCUGCGGAGGAGAGGAAUGCACUAACUUCUGUCUCAGCCCCACCGCACACGGUGUGUGUGUGUGUGUGUGUGUGUCUGCGUGUGUGUGUCUGUGUGUGUGAACGCGCAUGUGAGCAUGGCUCUGCAUGUGCUCCUGUACUUGUGUGUGUGUGUGUGUGUGUGUGUGUGUU